CUGUAUUUUAAAUGUAGGCUUUUUAGACAAUUAAACACAGAAGUUAUUUUAUAACUCAUGAAUCUAUAAUUCACCUUUCAUGUGAUAUCCAUUCCAUUCCAUUUUCUACCGCUUAUCCGAACAACCUCGGGUCACGGGGAGCCUACGCCUAUCUCAGGAGUCAUCGGGCAUCAAGGCAGGAUACACCCUGGAUGGAGUGCCAACCCAUCGCAGGGCACACACACUCACUCAUUCACUCACGCACUCACACCCUACGGACAAUUUUUUCCAGAGAUGCCAAUCAACCUACCAUGCAUGUCUUUGGAACAGGGGAGGAAACCGGAGUACCCGGAGGAAACCCCCGAGGCACGGGGAGAACAUGCAAACUCCACACACACAACCCUGGAGGUGUGAGGCAAACGUGCUAACCACUAAGCCACCGUGCCCCCUCCUGAAUGUCAUUGAUGAAUUUAUUUUCUUAUGCAGUGUAAUCGGUAAUACUGGUGUUGUCAGUCUGUUUUUAAAUGUAGGCUUUUUAGACAUUAAACACAGAAGUUAUUUUAUAACUCAUGAAUCUAUAAUUCACCUUUCAUGUGAUAUCAAGUUAUACAUUUAAAUGAACCUCAAGAUUAGAGACAAUAACCCAGUUUAUAUUGAGAAAUCCCAAGAAGCCACGUGAUUGGCUGAACAGUGUUGAUCAAUUCACUUUCAGGUGACAUCACUUGUUGUUUACAUUUAAAUGAACCUUAAGGUUAUACAAUAACUCCGUUUAUAUUUAAAAUUCCCAAGAAGCCACGUGAUUGGCUGAACAGUGUUCUAAAAUACUGUGUCGUUUUGUUGGUAUCCACCACACUCAUAACCUAAAGCACACUGAAGACAGAGCAUACAGCAUCUUCUCUGAGAUAUCCCUUGAGAUUUGACAAACAAUCACUACUUUUCUCUAAGCAAUUUACUUUCAGCACCAUGAAGCGAAGUGCAGAUGGUACCUUCUCUGGUCCAGGCUAUAACCUGAGAAAGACCAGAAAACCUUCAAGCCGUCUGAAGGAUCCCAACCUGUCAGACAACGUUGCAUUGAUAGCACAUGCAGUCAGCUUGGACCACAAGUACAGCUCCAAGUCUGGUAGCUGUCACUCAACAACACAUAAACAACUAAAGGGCAUUAAGCUAGAGAACCACAUCCUUAAAAAUGCAGCUGUAAUUCCUGAGUUAUCUCCAGUACAUACAAACACUCAAACCCCAGCACCUCUGGUAACACAUGCCGUCCGCUUGGACCACAACUACAUCUCCGAGUCUGAUAGCUCUCACUCAACAACACAUAAACAACUAAAGGGAAUAAAGCUAGAGAACCACUUCUUUAAAAACGCAGCUGUCAUUCCUGAGUUUUGCCCAAAAUUUACAAAGUCUCACACCGAAGCCCAACUGGUGCACACCAGCACUGAGGAACCUCUUUUAAUCCAUGGGAACAGCACAGAAGACCAUCAAAGAACGUAUCAUGCUGUGGUGGAUUCUAUGUUAAUGAAAUCCUCUGGAGAGCCUCACAACUACAGCCUGCAGUUAGGGCUUCGUGUGAAGCAACGCCUCUGGAAAACUCUAAACUGCCCCACCAUGAUUGAAGAAGAGCAGCCUGAUGGACUCAUCCAAGUUAAAGAGAUGUUCUCCAGACCAAGCCUAAAGAGAUCUGCCCCACGUAUAAAUGUCGACAUUAGCGGUGAACCCCUGCCAUACGCACCACAGAGGAAGAGGCCCUGCCUGUGACAUCCAUGCAGAGCCUAGAUUAUAUUUAGUGUAUAUACUGUACAUAGUUCUAGAAUAA